CAGCAAGUUGCCGCAAUCGCACCUCCUGACAUCGGGAAGAAAGGAGGACCGACAAGGAAAACCACCCCACCACCGCAGCGGCGUCCUGACACAAGCCCGCCUGAGCGCGUGAGUUUUUCGUCAACGAUGGCCCGCCUCUCGGUGGGAGUCGUGGCAGCAGCGGUGCUCCUGUGCGUGAGUGUGCACGCUGCUCCCAAGAAGCCCGGCAGCGGGGGAUCAGGAGGGCAUGGCGGUGGCCACCAUGGUCAUAAGGACAGCACCAACUUGUACGAGCUGGUGCAGGUGCCGGCCCUUCCAUUCUGUGAACAUAACGACCGCUUCAACAUCGAUGAGGGGCUCUGUGUCGGCAUCGACAGGCGCACGGGAGUUAACCCUGUGUCGGCGGUGAGUGACGGCGGAGGGAAUACGAUGAUGUGUCGUCUUGGUGUGAUGUCAUGUGAUUGGAAUGUCUGACGGACGGAUGUGUCGGUUGCAGGAUUGCCCGAAGGGGACGGUGCUGCACGGCGAGAAGUGCAGGGGCAAGGUCUACGCCAUGAAAGGGCCCAAGUGCAGAGAUGACGAGUGAGCAAUCACAGCAGCAAUCACAUCCACGCACACACACACACACAACUUCCUUGUCUGUUUGCGCCUUUCUGUUCGUUCGUUCGUUCGUCAGCGCCUUUUACAUUCCGCCCGAAACAAGUCUCUUGAAGAAGCCUUUCCCGACCUGGGGUAUGCACAAGCACCCCUUCAUGGAGCGGCACUUCGACCACGUCCCCAACCUCGCGGAGCUUCAACAGCCGCCCAAGAACGUCUCCCGACCCAAGAAGGUGCCCGAUGAAGAGCGGAAGCCCUGCGCCAUGGACGACCUCGAGUGCAUCCAGGAGCGCGAGCAGGAGCUCCUCGAAGGGGCGGGCUACUGCCUGGAGAGCGAGGUGUACUUCAUUCCCCUGCGGUGCCCCUCCAACCAGUUCAAGAAGCGCGACACCGACGACGGCCGGCGGCUGUGCAUCCUCGAGAAAAAGAUGGACCCCACCACAGAGGAGGUCUGCUCCAUCCACCCCGUCAAGAACGAGCUCGGCACCCUGCAUGAGUUCGGGGGCAAGUGGAACGGCUCGGCGGACCACCAGCAUCUCGCGGCCAUGUCUCUUGAUGGUGAGGGCGACGAGCGCCGCCUCCAGAAGAAGGGUGGCGACUACUCGGGUUACUCGAAGGGCGAGGCCGUCAAGAAGGGGAAGGGCGGGCGCAAGCGGGGGAAGGAUGCGAAGCCCGGGCUGGGCGAGACUGCCAAAGUGUUCGGCAACAAGGUUUGCAAGACGGUUAAGAUCUGCCCGCCAUCCUACAAGCUGCACAGCGGCAAGUGCCUGCAGAAGAUUAUCAUCGAGCGGUCGCCUGACGAGGACGGCUGCAGAGAUGUAAGCAAGCAACACCCACAUCACAUCACACCCAUGGACACGCCAGACCGACUGAAUGUGCCUUCUUGUCACUCACUCAGCAUUGGCAUUACGAGGAGGAGUUCGACGCGUGCAAGAAGGACCACAUCCGAGAGCCGGUCAUCGACUGCCCCGACAAGUUCCAGAAGCACCCUCACGACCCAUUCAAGUGCUACGACCACCUCAGCGAAGACCCGGAGAACGUCAUCUGCCCCUGUCCGUCCCCCGGCUGCAAGGACAUCAGCCACCACGGCUCACACAAGGGCGACCUUGGCGCUGUUAACGGCACUGGCGCCGACGUCGAGCCUGGCACCGCCGGAAGUGAGCGAGACACCGCUCCCACACACUUUUGAUUCAUUCAUUCUGUGGUGUGGUGCCCUCCCUGUAUGCGCACAGGCUACAUCUACGUCGCCGAGCUGGGCAAGUGCUACAUCAUCAUCAAGUACCCCCCCAAGUACGUCUGCGACCACGCCGAGGGCUUCAAGCUCAACGAGAAGACCCUGCAGUGCCAGAUGCGCGUGCCCAAGGGAUCCAUCAUCCCAGCCACACACAGGAAAUCGGGCGUCGAGCACCCAGACGAGCACAUGCAGGCUCAUGUCGCCUUCUGGCGGCAGGAGAGGAAGAGAAACAAGGCCUUGGCCAAGUCGCUCAAGCGCAACGGGGGCGUGGUGAAGUAUGGGGGUGGUGGUGCUGGGGGUGGGGGGAAGAAGGGCUCUGCGCCGCCUCCACCGAAGAAGAAAUAGACGGACGGAUUGACGGAUGGUGUGGUGUGGUGUGGUGCCCGCGAUAUGAUGGAUAGAUAGGUCUGUGUGUCGGCAUUCGGGUUAAAAGUACCUGAGAGCGGCAUCACAUCGAGAGACAUGGAUGGCACACAUGGCUAGUUCUCUCCUACCUUCCCCUGUAUGUUGCUCGCUUGACUGACUCAUUCGUUCGUCCGUCCGUCCUCGUGGCUUUCCUUUUUGAGUACUGACUGGCCAGUACGGACCGGCGCGGCGCGGUGUGGUGUGGUGUGGUUUGUGUGUGAGGCUCCCCAUGUGACCCAUGGCUGAUUUGGCCGAGCACGACAGACCUGAUUGGCGGACGGAUGACUUGUGCGACGACUGCUGUAUACCUAGACUCGUGCACUCGUGUCUCGUGUGUGAGGUUUGCAUGCCAUGGAUGACCUGAC